AUGGAGCCGUUGAAAGCAAGAUUAUUUUACUAUCCAACGCUAAUCUGGAAUGUUGCGCGUAAAAGUGAUGCAAGACGUUGGUAUGAUCGGGUAGAUGAAAAUAUCUUAAUUGGUGCACUUCCUUUCCGCAGUCAUGCUAAUGAGUUGGUAAAGCAAGAAAAUGUACGAGGUGUGGUUACCAUGAAUGAGAAUUACGAAACCCGCUUCGUAUCUCCUAAUCAACAGGAAUGGGGUGCGCUUGGUGUAAAGCAGCUCCGACUAAGUACCGUCGACUUUUACCAAUCACCUAGUGUAGAGCGAGUAGAGGAGGCAAUAAAUUUCAUUGAUGAUGUGAACAAAAAUGGCUGUUCAGUGUAUGUCCAUUGCAAAGCUGGACGUGGCAGAAGUGCUACAGUUGUCUUGUGCUACAUUAUGAAGCACUAUCGCUACGAUCCAUUCCAUGCUCUGCAAUUUUUGAAGACUAAGCGAUCACAUAUCAAGUUAUGCGAAGCUCAGCAACUAACAGUUAAUCAUUAUUACAAGAAAUUAUCUGAAAAUUUAGAGAAACAAUGUAAUCCUCAAAACGCGGAGGAAUAA